AUGGAUAUUUGUAUUUACAAAUAUUUCUUUACGAACGAUAACUUACAAAUUCGUUUUUCUUUUCCAGACCUGGAUCUGAUCUUGGCAUUUCAUUGCUGCAACUACAGCUCAGGACUUGCUAAAGAAGUUUUAGAUUUAAAUUUGACGCUACGCACACUUUUUGAUGGUUUUUAUAACGACCGCUCAGUCGAUAAAGCUGCACAAGUAUCAAUGAAUGUUUUGCUAACACCAUUGCAUUUGCCCGAAAACAUUAAAGGGGACAAGUUAUUUUACGGACGUCUCUUAAACACGGACCCGAAGAACUUCCAUUACAGAGAAUCAAUGAAAUUAUUGCUAAUGGUCGUCGAGGCGAUACAAUAUGAAGAGGGUACGUGGCCAGGAAUGCAACUAAUAGUGGACUUCGAGGGCGUAACACUUGCCCAUUUCGCUAAGAUUGAUGUAUUCGACUUGCAACGUUUUCUGUACUAUCUGCAAGAAGCAAUAUUAUUAAGGCUGAAGGGAAUGCAGUUCAUAAACGCACCGACCUUCAUCGACAAGCUGCUAAUGCUCAUGAAGCCGUUUAUGAAAAAAGAACUCAUGGAGAUUCUACAUGUGCACACUCCCGACUCCAAGGCCAUUAACAAUAUUGUUCCAGUCGGAGUUUUACCUACAGCUGAUAAUUUAGAAGAAUAUAGAGACAAUGUUUUGAAAAGAUUACAAGAUUACAGACAGUAUUUUGAAGAAGAGAAACAUAAGCGAGUUACAGAAUCUCGCAGACCGGGCAAGCCAAAGACGAUAUCUGAUAUUUUUGGCGGAGUGGAAGGAUCUUUCAAGAAACUGGAUAUCGACUGAUAAAGGCUAAUGUCCCGUUUUCAAAAUAUUUUUUAUUAUAUUUUUUAAUAUAUUUAAAUAAGAUAAGGAAUAAGUAGCCUUAACUCUUCAUUAUAGUUUAUAAAUUUAGGUUCACUGUUAAUAAAUAAUUUUAAAUGAA